CCGCGAGGCCCUCCGGCCGCGUGCGUCUGACGACAGAUGGAGGGGGCGGAGUCUGGUUGGAAUUUUGGCGGGUUCGGCUACUGAUCGGGAAGCAGCUCCUGCACCAGCCAAGGUUUGACAAUAUUCAUCUCCUGAGCACCUGAUACUCCUUCAGAGUUCCUGGUACAACUGUUAUCUUGAUGAUGGAUGGGGAGGAGGAUGAUUUAUCUCUGCUGACAGCCCUGCUGGAGGAGAACCAGUCAGCCUUGGCUUGUCAUACAGAGGAGAGGAACUGCUUGCCCCAGGAGGAUGGUGGACCUGACGAGUAUGAUGAGCUCUUUGAUGCUGAUGGCGACGGUGAAUCCUACACAGAAGAGGCUGAGGAUGGAGACGUAGGAAACUCGGGAGACCAGAAGGAAAAUCUGGCCACUCUCUUUGGAGAUGUGGGGGACUUAACAGAUGAGGAAGGCCCUGUCCUGCAACCAGCUGAAAACAAUGUCCUCCCUGCUCCUGCCCCUAAUCAAGAGAAAACCAAUCAGCAGCUGCAAGAUGAAUUAAGGAAGUUGCAAGAGCAAAUGAAGUCCUUACAAGAACAGCUCAAAGCAGCCUCAAUUAAACAGCCUGAAAGUCCAGCCUUUCUGCAUAAAUCCCCUGAAAGUAAGACCACACGGCCCCCACUGAAGGAGAAGAAAGUUCAGAGAAUUCAGGAGUCGGCGUGCUUUUCUGCGGAGCUUGAUGUCCCUACUCUACCCAAAACUAGGCGGGUGGCUCGGACGCCAAGGAUCUCUCCAGAAUCCAAAAGCUCUUCUUCAGGGAUGACAAGUACACCCUCCCAACUACUCCAGACUAUUCCUGGGAAAAAACACAGUGAGAUGACUAGGGAUCGGAGCUUGGGGACCUCAGGGAGCAUGCGGGAACCAGUUCAGCAGGUCUCCAUGGAAACCUUCUCUGGCCUGCGUCUCAGGCGACCUCGAGUGUCCUCCACAGAAAUGAGCAAGAAAAUGGUUGGCCGAAAACUGAUCAGAUUGUCUCAGAUCAAGGAAAAGAUGGCCAUUGAGAAGCUGGAAGAAAUGGACUGGGUGACGUUUGGAGUUAUUUUGAAGAAAGUCACCCCACAGAGUACUAACAGUGGAAAAACAUUUAGCAUCUGGCGAUUGAAUGAUCUUCGUGACCUGACACGUUAUGUGUCGCUGUUCUUAUUUGGAGAAGUUCACAAAGAACUCUGGAAGACAGAGCAAGGUACUGUCAUAGGCUUGCUGAAUGCUAACCCCAUGAAGCCCAAGGAUGGUUCAGAGGAGGUGUGCCUAUCCAUCGAUCAUCCUCAGAAGGUCUUAAUCAUGGGUGAAGCUCUUGAUCUGGGAACAUGUAAAGCCAAGAAGAAGAACGGGGAACCAUGUACACAGACAGUUAAUUUGCACGACUGCGAGUACUGCCAGUACCACAUCCAGGCCCAGUACAAGAAGCUCAGCGCCAAGCGAGCUGAUCUGCAGUCCACCUUCUCGGGAGGACGAAUUCCGAAGAAGUUUGCCCGCAAAGGCACCCGCCUGAAAGAGCGACUGUGUCAAGAAGGUUUUUACUAUGGAGGAAUUUCAUCGGAAUCCUACGCAGCCUCCAUUGCAGCAGCUGUUGCUCCUAAAAAGAAGAUUCAAACCACUCUGACCAAUCUGGUUGUGAAGGGCACAAACUCCAUCAUUCAGGAAGCGCGGCAAAAACUCGGGAUACCACAGAAGAGCUUGUCUUGCUCUGAGGAGUUCAGGGAACUGAUGGACCUGCCAACAUUUGGGGCUAGAAAUUUGAAGCAUUUAGCCAAAGCCAAGACUUCAGGGAUCCUGGGAGGCCCAAAACCUGCCAUCCAGUCUAUCUCAGCAUCGGCCCUCCUGAAGCAGCAGAAGCAGCAGAUGUUGGAGAUGAGGAAGAGGAAAUCUGAAGAAAUGCAGAGGCGAUUUCUCCAAAGCUCAAGUGCAAUUGGGAGCCCAGCAGUACCAAGCUCAUCUCGGCAGCCGCCUGCCCGGUCUCCACAAAUGGGCACUGAGUUCCCUGCGUGGGAAGGAACCACUGCCCCACAGAUGCCCAAGCUUGGGCGCGGCAUCUUGGAGGGGGAUGACGUUCUGUUCUUUGAUGAAUCACCACCACCGAGACCAAAGCUGAAUGCAUUAGCAGAAGCUAAAAAGUUAGCUGCUAUUACUAAAUUAAGGGCAAAAGGCCAAAUUCUCACAAAAACAAAUCCAAACAAUAUUACAAGGAUGCAGAAGAACCCCCAGGAUGUACAAGAAGUAAAAGAACGGGUAGAAAAGAACAACAUGGUUUCUCCUGAAGCUGAGGAUGAAUUAGAGCCUGCUAAGAAAAAACGGAGGGAGCAGCUUGCCUACCUGGAAUCGGAAGAAUUUCAGAAAAUUCUAAAAGCCAAAUCAAAGCACACAGGCAUCCUGAAAGAGGCUGAGGCUGAGCUCCAAGAACGCUAUUUUGAGCCACUGGUAAAAAAAGAACAAAUGGAAGAAAAGAUGAGAAACAUCAGAGAAGUGAAAUGUCGAGUGGUGACCUGUAAGACGUGUGCCUACACCCACUUCAAGCCUUUGGAGACCUGUGUCAGCGAGCAGCAUGACUACCACUGGCACGAUGGGCUAAAGAGGUUCUUCAAAUGUCCCUGUGGAAACAGGAGCGUCUCUCUUGACCGGCUCCCCAAAAAGCACUGCAGUAAUUGUGGCCUCUACAAAUGGGAACGGGAUGGAAUGCUAAAGGAAAAGACUGGUCCAAAGAUAGGAGGAGAAACCCUGUUACCAAGAGGAGAAGAACACGGCAAAUUUCUAAAUAGCCUUAAAUGACCCUAACGACAGAUGGUGUACCACAGUCUCCUUUGCUCCUUGUGACACAGAAAGCAAGGGAUUGGCUCUGGGUGCCUGUGUUCCUGACCGCCACCCUCCGAAACAAGUGCUUGUUAAGCCCAUGAGCUCCUUCUCUUUACUUCCUCCACUGUGGUUGACACCAGCUUCAGUGUUGGAAAAUCAAGAUAGCGUGGUCUUUCCUGCUGUCACUACAGAAGGGCUGCACUGCUGCAUUCAAAGUUUGGCCCAAACAUCAGAGGUGAAGGCCAGGCCGGGUCUCGGAUAUAGCGGGUGCACUCCUGGACCACAAUAAAGAUCCCACGUUUCUGUGGACACCAGAGACAAAAGAAUUAAUUGAGCUUAACUCUCACCCUAGUUAAGUCACUCAGCUUCUACCUUUGUGCUGUUUUGUGUAAACUGAGGAAGAUCAGACCAAAUGAUCUUGAAAUGUAUCUUUCAGCCCUGAAAUUCUACAAAUAUAACUUUUCCACUAUGA